CGCCUCCGGGGGCGGCGCUGGGCGCUGAUUGGUUGGCAGGAGCCGGGCGCUGCGCAAAAACAGCGCAGCCGAGCGCUGCGCGCUCAGAAACUGCUGCCGGAGAUCGGAGAGCCGGGAGCGGAGCCGGGACGGGAGCCCAGCAGCAGCAGCAGCAGCAGCAGCAGCACACAGACACAGGGGCUAGACGCGAAAGCAGCAAGAGAGGAAAAAAAAAAAAUAAAAAAUCCCCACCUCGAUCGGCACCGCCGUAAAAGCAGAGUGAUGAUGAUGAACGUACUCAUAGCAAUAAGAGAAGAGAAGGAAAGACCUUUAACAGAAGAGAGAAAAAUCUAAAAUCCUUAUAUAUAUAUUAAAAAAGGAAAUCCUAGAGACAUCAGGGAAUGAAAGUUUUGGGUAGCCAAGCAUCUCUCUGCCUUUUUUUUUUUUUCUUCUUUUUUUUAAUAUGAAAUCUUUUUGCGGGUGAUUUUUUUUUUUUUUUUAAUUUCGCGGUUUUCUGCCUUUUCCUUGCAUCCAAAGAGGGCAUGUCCACCGGCUGUUCCAGCAGCAUCUACCCUCCAACUCCCACCAGGAAGACAAACCGAGGACAAUCUUGAAAUACAAAAAUUUCCUCCUUGGGAUUUGCUGCUGCUGCUGUCUCCGCCGCCACUGCUGCUGCCGCGGUGCAGUGCCAAGACUCUCGGAAUAAAUAGAGGGCUACUGUGUGUCUCUAGCUACAGCCGGCUAAAUAGCUAUUUUAGUUGGCCGUAUAUUUCGAAGAUCACAGAUGAAGUGGGGACGCCUGUCUUCUUCGUUUGGUCAGCGUGUGAAACCAUAAUACCCGUAACAAAAAGGAGGGAGAUGGGGGAGAAAAAAAAUCCUAACAUGAAUCAGAAGAAAUAGUAUCUAGCACCCCCCCCCAGCCCCCCAAACCAGCCUCUCCCCCGCUCCCUCCCCCGACCCCUCUCUCUUUCUCGCUCUCUCCACACGCUUGCAGGCGCGGACACGCGCGCGCGCGCACACAGGCACACACAGACGCGCGCACACGCACACACACAUACACACACUGUAGUGUGUAUUUUCGGAGGAGGAGGUGGCGGUGGCUUUUGGAAGAGGAGGCAGCGGUGGUGUCGGGGAGGGGGGAAUCUCUUUCCCCGUCUGGAGAUGGUUGUGCUAUUCCUCUUUGCCUUGCUCUGGAUGGUGGAGGGGGCUUUUUGCCAGCUCCAUUACACGGUGCAGGAAGAGCAGGAGCAUGGCACGUUCGUGGGGAAUAUCGCCGAGGACCUGGGCUUGGACAUUACAAAACUUUCGGCUCGGCGCUUCCAGACGGCGCCCAACUCCCGCAGCCCUUACCUGGAGCUUAACCUAGAAACCGGGGUACUCUACGUGAACGACAAGAUCGACCGGGAGCAGAUCUGCAAGCAGAGCCCCUCCUGCCUGCUGCACCUGGAGGUCUUCCUGGAGAACCCCCUGGAGCUGUUCCGGGUGGAGAUCGAGGUGCUGGACAUCAACGACAACCCUCCCUCCUUCCCGGAGCCCGACCUGACGGUGGAGAUCUCGGAGAGCGCCACGCCGGGCACCCGCUUCCCGCUGGAGAGCGCCUUCGACCCCGACGUGGGCACCAACUCGCUGCGCACCUACGAGAUCACCCCCAACAGCUACUUCUCGCUGGACGUGCAGACGCAGGGGGACGGGAACCGCUUCGCCGAGCUGGUGCUGGACCAGCCGCUGGACCGGGAGCAGCAGGCGGUGCACCGCUACGUGCUGACGGCGGUGGACGGCGGGCAGCCCCAGCAGCGCACCGGCACCGCCCUGCUCACCGUCAGGGUGCUGGACUCCAACGACAACGUCCCCGCCUUCGAGCAGCCCGUCUACACCGUGUCGCUGCCGGAGAACUCGCCGCCGGGCACGCUGGUGCUGCAGCUCAACGCCACGGACCCCGACGAGGGGCAGAACGGCGAGAUCAUCUACUCCUUCAGCAGCCACAUCUCGGCCCGCGCCCGGGAGCUCUUCGGCAUCGCGCCGCGCACCGGGCGCCUGGAGGUGAGCGGCGAGCUGGACUACGAGGAGAGCAGCGUGUACCAGGUGUACGUCCAAGCCAAGGACCUGGGGCCCAACGCCGUGCCCGCCCACUGCAAGGUGCUGGUGCGGGUGCUGGACGCCAACGACAACGCGCCCGAGAUCAGCUUCUCCACCGUCAAGGAGGCGGUGAGCGAGGCGGCGGCGCCGGGCACCGUGGUGGCCCUGUUCAGCGUCUCGGACCGCGACUCGGAGGAGAACGGGCAGGUGCAGUGCGAGCUGCUGCAGGGCGACGCGCCCUUCCGCCUCAAGAGCUCCUUCAAGAACUACUACACCAUCGUCACCGAGGGGCCGCUGGACCGCGAGCAGCCGGGCGGCGACGCCUACACGCUCACCGUGGUGGCCCGGGACCACGGCGAGCCGCCGCUCAGCACCAGCAAGUCCAUCCAGGUGCGGGUGAGCGACGUGAACGACAACGCGCCGCGCUUCAGCCAGCCCGUGUACCAGGUGUACGUGAGCGAGAACAACGUGCCCGGCGCCUACAUCUACGCCGUGAGCGCCACCGACCGCGACCAGGGCGCCAACGCCCGCCUCGCCUACUCCAUCCUGGAGAGCCAGAUCCAGGGCAUGUCCGUCUUCACCUACGUCUCCAUCAACUCCGAGAACGGCUUCCUCUACGCCCUCCGCUCCUUCGACUACGAGCAGCUCAAAGAGUUCAGCUUCCAGGUGGAGGCCCGCGACGCGGGCGAGGAGCCGCAGCCGCUGGCCGGCAACGCCACCGUGCACAUCAUCGUGGUGGACCAGAACGACAACGCGCCCGCCAUCGUCAGCCCCCUGCCCGGCCGGAACGGCACCCCGGCUCGGGAGGCGCUGCCCCGCGGCGCCGAGCCGGGAUACCUGGUGAGCCGGGUGGCCGCGGUGGACGCCGACGAGGGGGAGAACGCCCGCCUCACCUACAGCAUCGCGCGGGGCAACGAGGCCGGGCUGUUCCGCAUGGACUGGCGCUCCGGGGAGCUGCGGACGGCGCGCAGGGUGCCGGCCAAGCGCGACCCGCAGCGCCCCUACGAGCUGGUGAUCGAGGUGCGCGACCACGGGCAGCCGCCGCUCUCCUCCACCGCCGCCGUGCAGGUGGUGCUGGUGGACGGCGCGGGCGAGCGCUCCGGCGGCGGCGGUGGCCCGCCCGCGGGCACGGGGGGCGGCGGCGGCGGCUCCGGCGAGCAUCGCCCCAGCCGCUCCGGGGGGGAUAACUCGCUUGACCUCACCCUCAUCCUCAUCAUCGCCCUGGGCUCCGUCUCCUUCAUCUUCCUGCUGGCCAUGAUCGUCCUGGCGGUGCGCUGCCAGAAGGAGAAGAAGCUCAAUAUCUACACCUGCCUGGCCAGCGACUGCUGCCUGGGCUGCUGCUGCUGCUGCCCCUGCUGCAGCCGGCAGGCGCGGGCCCGCAAGAAGAAGCUCAGCAAGUCGGACAUCAUGCUGGUGCAGAGCUCCAACGUGCCGAGCAACCCGGCGCAGGUGCCGGUGGAGGAGUCGGGCAGCUUCGGCUCCCACCACCACAACCAGAACUACUGCUACCAAGUCUGCCUCACCCCCGAGUCCGCCAAGACCGACCUGAUGUUCCUCAAGCCCUGUAGCCCCUCUCGCAGCACCGACGCCGAGCACAACCCCUGCGGGGCCAUCGUCACCGGCUACGCCGACCAGCAGCCCGACAUCAUCUCCAAUGGCAGCAUUUUGUCCAGCGAGACAAAACAUCAGCGUGCUGAGCUCAGUUAUCUAGUUGACAGACCCCGACGAGUUAACAGUUCUGCAUUCCAGGAAGCAGACAUAGUAAGCUCUAAGGACAGUGGUCAUGGAGACAGUGAGCAAGGAGACAGUGAUCAUGAUGCCACUAAUCGAGGUCAAUCCUCUGGCAUGGAUCUCUUCUCCAACUGCACAGAGGAAUGUAAAGCCCUGGGCCACUCGGAUCGGUGCUGGAUGCCUUCCUUUGUCCCGUCCGAUGGACGCCAAGCUGCGGAUUACCGCAGCAAUCUGCACGUACCCGGCAUGGACUCCGUUCCAGACACUGAGGUGUUUGAAACACCAGAAGCCCAGCCCGGGGCAGAAAGGUCCUUCUCCACCUUCGGCAAGGAGAAGGCCCUGCACAACAGUCUGGAGAGGAAGGAGUUCGAUGGACUGCUGUCUAAUACACGAGCGCCUUACAAACCACCAUAUUUGAAACAUGGGUGGCAGCAGAGUAAUCCCCAUCCUACAUCCCCCAGCCCCAGCCCCAGCCGAGUGUCUCACCCUUUACCUGGAUGCACCACUACGAAGGCACUUGCCAUCUCUGGAUCUCAAAGUGGAUUAUAAAGAAUAGUGAUUUAAACCUUCCUGCACCUCUAGGAGAUAGCACGGAAAAGGAUAUGCUAGUCACUUCUACAGGACUUACCUGAAGCAGCAUGAUUUGCACAAAAGAAAGUCGACCAACAAAAAGCAUCAGCUUUCAACUUCAUUAUCUUGGCCAUCCAGUUCUGUGUAACUGAAGGAUUUGUGUGCUGUUGGAGACAUCCUGGCCAACAAUAGGACCUAAUUGCUCUCAGCAGGCCUGAGAAAUGAGUUGAAAUGUGUAGAACUGUAGAAACUUCAGAGGCAACUGAUCCUGCCUCUCUGAUCAGUGUGUGCCUGUUUACAGCACUAUAUAUCUUUCUCUCUCCAAAAUGUCACUGAGCCCUUUAGAUGUUUAUAUUCACCACAAAAAGCCAAUCGUACAGAUAAAAGAGAUGUGCAUUAUAAAUGCAAUAUCACUGUUUUAAACUUGACUGUUUUAUAUUAUUUUUGUGUGAUCAAGUGUUCCCCAAACUAUUCCAACUUUACAAGAGAGAUUGUGAUCAUGUUCUUUUCACCUGUGGGUCAUAAAAAUGUUGUUAAUCUGAAGACCCACAAAAUUAUCAAAGACAUUUCUGUAGUUUAUACACCGUGUUGCAAAGUGUUUACUGUACUAUUUCAAAGCUUCUAAAUAAAUAUAAAAUAUAUAUAUAUUAUAUUAUAUAUAAUUUUCCGAAAAACGUGGUACAACUUAGUUGAUUUUUAAAUGGAUUCAUACAGUCUACACCAUACACUAAAGUGAGAAGAUAAUUCAGGGUUCCUAAGCUAUCCUUGCUAAAAACAAAAAAUAAAAUAAACCUUUAAUAGUACUCCCCCAAAAUUCGUAUUUUGGUCGAUCCUGUUUUUCUUGUUUAAAAAGAAAAAAAAGCUGUAAGCAACAACAUUUUGUCGAAAAAGUUGUAAGGAAUUUUCAAUGCCAAAGAUGCAGCUGUCGAUAUUACCCGAAUGAGCGCUAUGUACUAUCAGAGGUAUAAGUCACUCUCCAUUAUUUUGGUUAUGUUUCUAUGGUUUUUAAUUUGGAGUCACGAAAUCUUUUAUAAGGCUCUAUAAAUUCACCUGUAUAUGUUGUUAAAAAGAACACUGGGUGUCUGUACAUUUUGCAAUGUAAGAUAUAAUGUAAGUGAAGUUAAGUAUUUUAAGAAAAUCAUCCCCAGCUCAUAAAUAUGUAUACAAACAUACAUAAAUACAUACACACACACAAACACCCACACAUCUCUCUUUAACAUAGUUUUGUGAAACGAUACAAAUAUAUUGCCUAAAAAUAUUUCUCUUGUGGCUAGGAAUAGUUGUUGAUAGAAUUCAAAUUACAAAGGCAAAGUAUAUGCCAGCCUCUUUUAUCACAAAGGAGAUUUCCAAUUAGGAACAUGGCACAUUCUCAGCUGACCCCUGUCCCAUUGGAGUCAAAAUGGUGUUGGCCACCAUCUUUGUUGGGAAAAGGAUUAAGCCCUUGCAUAUAAUCUUUAUGUUCUGUAAUAAUUCUGUGGUCUGAAACAGUAUCUUAGAGCGUUUCUUUUCUAUGAAAUAUUGAAAAAAGCAAAAUUUCAAAGGUAAAGUUUAAAACUACUUUCAUGUCCAUGGAGUUUAAAUACCAUUUACUAAAUGUAAAAAUCUAGUAAAAUUUUUUCUUUUUUU